AUGGCAGCGCGGGGCGGCCCCGGGUCCCGCGGGCCGGCGGUUGUGGCACCGAUCGCCGUGUCGCCAACAACCAUGUCGCCGGUCAGCACCUUAGCGCUGGGCAUGGACAAGCUGGUGGGGCUGGGCAGCAACGGGGACACGCCGAAGCGGCGGGUGGCGGGACUGUCCCUGCAGGGCCGGUGGGCUGGCAGGGACAUGGCUCCCAGCUUGGUUGCCCCGGGCUCUUCCCGGGACUCCGUGUCCUCCGAGUCCUCCGAUGCGGGAGUGGGGCUGGACUCUCCCACGCAGGAGGACCCCGUGGCGCUGGAGGAAGUUUUCGAGAAAGCAGUGCAGGAAACUGGGAGAGUUCUCAAAGACAACAAGCUCCUUAUCCGGAGGAUCCAGUCACUGCCGCCAUGGCUCCUGGGGGCCAGCCCAGCCCUGAAGAACAUCUCCCAUUCCCGGGAGUUCAACGGCUGUGAGAAGAGAGGCCGGAGGGAGCCUGAGGACACGGAGGGCUUUGUCUUCAAGAAGCCCCAGAGGCCAGGUCAGCGUGGCCGGCUGGCCACCAGUGAUGGGAGUGUGGGGAAGGAUCGCUUUGCCCAGAGACUUGGCUCUGCACCUGACCUGCUGUUUGACACCCCCGAGAAGGAAAAUGUCCCCAAAGGUGAGAGCCCCAUCGUCCUCCGCCGGUGCUCCUUGACCUCCUCCAUGUCUGAGGAGGAAGAUGAUGGCUUCAUGGAGAUCCUGGAUGAGGACGAGAUGAAGAGCGAUGGUGAUGUGCCACAGGGGAUGGAGAACCUGCUGACUGCGCCACUGGUGAGGAAGGAGGAGGCAGAGCUGUGUGUGGUAAGGCGCGGGAAGUGCCGGCAGCUGUUCCGCUCGCCCUCCAUGCCCAGCAGUGUCAUCAGGCCCAUCCUGAAGCGCAUCGAGCGGCCCCAGGACAGGGACACCCCCGUCAAGACCAAGCGGCGGAAGAGCGUGGCCGGGACCCCUGGCGAGGAGGCGGCUGCGGAGCCGCAGAAAGCAAGGCUGCUGCGCUCCAGGUCCUACUGCCACGAGGAGAUCGAGAACCUGCUGGCCAAAGACCACCGAGAGCUCAUCGGGGACUUCUCUAAGGCUUAUGUCCUCCAGACAGUGGAAGGGAAACACCAGGACCUGAAGUACAUUUCCCCUGAAAUGAUGGUGGCUGUGCUGACAGGGCAGUUCAGCAGCCUCAUUGAGAGCUGUGUGAUCGUGGACUGCAGGUACCCUUACGAGUAUGAGGGAGGACACAUCAAGGGUGCCGUGAACCUGCCGCUGGAGCGGGACGUGGAGCAGUUCCUGUUGAAGAAGCCCAUUGUGCCCUUCGAUGCCAGCAAGAGGGUCAUUGUCAUCUUCCACUGUGAAUUCUCCUUGGAGAGGGGGCCCAGGAUGUGCCGGUUCGUCAGGGAGAAGGACCGAGCCUGCAACGAGUACCCCAACCUCCACUACCCGGAGCUCUAUGUCUUGAAGGGGGGGUACCGAGAGUUCUUCCCCCAGUACCAGAGCCACUGUGAGCCCCAGGACUAUCGGCCCAUGCACCACAAGGACUUCACGGAGGACCUGCGCAAGUUCCGCCUGAAGAGCCGCACCUGGGCAGGGGAACGCAGCAAGCGGGAGUUCUACAGCCGCCUCAAGAACUUCUGA